AUGCGCGCCAACAAUCUCUGGGAAAGCGAGCUGGUGGCCGGUGUGGCGUUUCGCCCACAGAAGUGCAGGCCUUCCCAGAACAGUCGCCACCAUGACAGCACCUUUGUCGCAGAGGACGGUACCCGAAUUGCGUACAGGCUCUACAGAAGCGCCGAUGCGGAGGCCAAGCAAGCGCAGGAGGGGCGGCUCCUGGUCUCGUGCUACUUCCAUGCCAACGCCGAGUUGUGCACGGACCUGGAG